UACGAACACAUGUGCAUGGAGCUUGAAGAAGAAGGAUUCAAGAGAUGGCAGGGUUGGACGCUUUAAAGUCGUAUGGAAGUGACAGUAGCUCAGAAGGUGACGAUGAUCCGGACGAUGCUCUUCAAAGAAAGGAGCAAGGACAUGAUAAAAUCAAAACCAAACUGCAGAAAUCAUUGCCUGCGAAACAGACCAGCGCUCUGCCCCUGCCAGGUGAAAUCCUUUCAAUGUUCAGCAGUCCGUCCUCAGAGAUGAACAACCCCACAGAACAUCAUGGAAGGAUUCGUAGCUUUGCUCAUACUCCCGGCAACUGGGCUACCUUUGUAUACAUACCAGCUGACACUCCCAGCCUCGCCAGCCUCACGGAGACUCUGAUGACCUGCUUACCUCAGGAUUUGACCUUUCACCCUAGCGAUGACCUCCACCUCAGCCUGUCCCGCACGGUGUGUCUCCAGUUUCACUGGAUUGACCCCUUCACACAGUCAUUCCGGGAGAGGGUCAGCGGUAUGAGGUCAUUCCAGUGUCACAUAGAACAGGUGGAUGUUUACGCCAAUGACGAAGGAACGAGGACAUUUUUGGGUCUAAAGAUAGGAGCCGGCCAUGAUACUCUGUGUGACCUGGUGCAGCUGACCGAUGAAUCCCUGGAAGAGUUCUCACUGCCAGUAUUCUAUAAGGAUCCAUCAUUCCAUGUUAGUUUUGGCUGGUGUGUAGGUGACGUGUCGUCUAGAAUCGGUCCCAGAGUGCUGCAAGACCUACAGGAAAAGUUGAACAACCAUCUGGGUGAACUUUCAAUCGAGGUGCAAGAAAUCCUCUGCAAGAGCGGAUGCAAGAAGUUUGUCUUUCCUCUAAGAUGACAUCACUAUGUGGCUUCCACUCGACUGGUUUUUGUCAAAGAAAGAUGACACCUCCUGCUCUGCUUUGUCUCCACAGGACAGCCAAAGUUCAUGGUGAUUAUUCUCGACGGGUCUUUGCAAGUCAAUGGGGAGCACAGAGUCUCCACAGGACAGACGUCCAAAGUUGUUGGUGAUGAACACGUUGGUCUGUAUUCUACUAAUGCAGUUAUACCCAACCCUGGGUCGAAGGUCACAUCAGGUUUAAAUUUCUGUAGAAUAUGGGCGUUUGUGUUUGUCACAGGGUAGGGCCAGAGCUCUACCUAAUGACAGGUUUAAUAGAAGGCUUUUUUGACAAGAGAGAACAAAUGUGACAUAAACACAAGUAAUCAAUGUUCUAUCAAUGUCAGCUCUAGGUACUUUAGCAGAGAUGCCAACCCCUAAAGGAUGGUUGUCAGGAACAUUUACCACAUUUUUCAGGAACAAAUGGGGGUCUUUCCGGAACACAAGACAACGCAGCAUAUUGUUCGCGCAAAAAGGCACACAAAGGCCCAAUCACCAUGAUCUCUCUUAUAUUAAUGCAUUUUGAACCUAAAAAAACACCUUGUUCAAGCGUCGAACGAUAGAUUUGAUGUUGAUGAAGUGAUAUGUAUGGAAACAAGAAAUAAGGCGACUUCUCACUAGAAUAUACAUUUAAAUAAGCUUUUAGAGCUCCAAGCUCUAUUGAUAAUUUCAAAUCAAAUUAUAAUCAAUACCUGGGUAACAUUAUGUUAUUGAGUGAGUGAAAGUGAAAUUGAACAAGAAUUCUUUGUUUGAUGCAAGUGACAUAACAUCUGAUGCCUUGAGUGGUUUGAUUGGUUUUUCUUUCAUGGCUUUCUGCCCUCUAGUUUAAACUGCCCCAUCUGUCUCUACAGUAUUUCAUUUUCAUUAUGCAAUUCCUUGCCUCUCUUAUGUGAUGCUCCAAUUUGGGUCAGGGUUUUUACACUCCCUCACCCUUGCUAUACUUCUGAGUGUCGGAUCAUACAGUGGGUCACGCAUAACUAAGUCAACUUACCUUACCUGUGAAAUAGGGGGUGUCUACAUCGAUAGUCGCGCCCGCUAGCUGCACAUUGCGCAUUGCUUUGUUGAUCAACAAACAUUGUUGUAU